AUUACAAAAACAAGAAAGGACCGUAGUAUAAGGGUACGACCUAUUUUUGCUGAGAGAAGAAGAAUUCUGCAAGGUGACAGCGAUAAUUUACUUGUGGAAAUGCGAUUAACAGAUUCACAAAAAUAUUUCAACUACCUUCGAAUGUCACCAACAAUCUUUAACGAGUUAUUGAAUAUUGUUGGACUACUGAUCGAGAAACAAAAUGUUGUUCGCAAUCCAAUACCAGCCAGAACAAGAUUAGAAGUGACUGUACGAUGGUUAGCAUCUGGUGACAGCAUGACAUCGCUAUCAUAUGCUUAUCGCAUUGCCCAAUGUACGCUAUCUCAAAUUAUUCCGGAAACUUGUGAAGCAAUUUGGAUCUCCCUAAAAGAUAAAGUUAUAAUUGAUCCAACUGAAGAAAAUUGGAGGACGUUUCUGUUUCGAUGUUUCGUCUAGCACUCAAAAAUUUAUUUUCGAUAUCAGCUUGC